AAUAAAAAAUGGAAACCAAACGAAUUAAAUGCAAAGCAGCGGUCGCUUACGGACCCAAACAAUCUUUAUGUGUUGAAGACAUAUAUGUGAAUCCACCAAAAAAUGGCGAAAUCAGAGUCCAAAUUAUCGGAAGCAGUAUUUGCAGAUCUGAUCUUCACAUUAUAGACACCAAUAUUGCCAACGAUUUUACAUUUCCAUUAAUUAUGGGUCACGAAGGGUCCGGUAUUGUCGAGAGUGUGGGACCUGAUGUAACUGAUAUUAAAAUUGGAGACCAUGUAAUACCCCUUUGGAUACCUAAUUGCAUGAAAUGUAAAUUAUGUAACAGUAAUAAAACAAACUUUUGCCAAAAAGGAACUCAAGAAACAAUGAACGUAAUGCCAGACGGAACUACUAGAUUCUGGACAAUGGAUGAAAAACCAAUCUAUAAGUCAAUAGGUUGUGCGGCAUUUAGCGAGUAUACUGUUAUGCCGAUAGAGUCGGUAAUUGUGAUCAACAAAAAUGUCAAUUUAGAGAAAGUGUGUCUAAUUGGUUGUUGUGUUGUCACUGGUUAUGGAAAUGUCGUAAAUGUGGCCAAAGUCGAGAAGGACUCAUCAGUUGCUGUCUUUGGUUUGGGUGCUAUCGGUUUAGCAGUCAUUUUAGCCGCUAAAGAGUGUGGAGCUAAACGAAUCAUUGGUGUUGAUGUCAAUGAAGAUAAGUUUUCAGUUGCAAACAAUUUUGGAUGCAAUGAGUUUGUAAAUCCAAUGAAAUUACCAAAAGGUUUUCAUAGCAUUCAACAGUUAUUUCAAUCAUAUGGAGGUCUGGACUAUACGUUUGAGUGCAUCGGUAGUGUCAGUGUUAUUCAAACAGCUUUUGAGUCACUUAAUCGUUGGGGUAUUUGUGUUGUAGUCGGACUUCCGCCAAAAGGUGAAGAAGUUUCAAUAAAUCCUUGGAAUUUACUGACCGGUCAAAAACUAACGGGAAGUUUCUAUGGCGGGUAUAAACCGAGGGAAGGCAUACAGUAUUUGGUGGACAAAUAUAUGAGAGGAGAUUUAAAUUUGGAUUUAUUYAUAACUAACAAAAUUAAAUUACAAGAUAUUAAUAAUGGUUUUGAUCUCAUGAGAAAUGGCAAAACUAUUCGCACAGUCAUUGUAUUUGACAAAUAGUUUUGUAAAUUAUUAAAAAUAACAAAAAUUGAUAACAUGUUAGACACACAAAAAACUUUAUAAAUAAACUAUUUCCUGACAUAAUUAUGAAUWAAAAAAAUUCAACAAAUG